AUAAGUAACAGUCAUCAGACGUGAAACUCAGCAUGGCACAGGGCCAGCUACCAAACAACUCUUUGAAGAACAGUUCGAUCCCUGUGUUCACUGGCCUUGACCUCCUCUUUGACCUGAAGCCCCUCUUCAUUCCCCUCUAUGCCACUCUGGUGGCUGUGGCUUGCACCGGCAACUUGCUCCUUAUUCUCCUUAUUGUUGUCACCAAAAAACUGCACAGCACCACUAACUUCCUUAUUGGAAACUUGGCUGCAGCUGACCUGAUCAUGUGCAUUUUCUGCGUCCCACUUACUGCAUCCUAUGCCUUUGAGAUCCGGGGCUGGCUCUUUGGGAUGUUCAUGUGUUACUUUGUCACCUUGAUGCAGACUGCUACUGUAUUUGUGUCUGUGCUGUCCCUCACAGCUAUUGCAGUGGACCGAUAUAUUGUUGUUGCUUACCCCAUUCGCAAAAGGCUAAGCCGCAAGUCCUGUGUCUACAUAGUGGCCUUCAUUUGGUUACUCUCCAUUGUGGUUUCUGUGCCUACAUCCAUGCACACCCAUUAUCUAGAUCUCAACAAGAUUGGCCAUGACAUGUUCAUCUGUGAAGAAUUCUGGAAGCACCAAGAGAAAGAGAGGCUGCUGUACUCAUGCUCAAUGCUCCUUUUGUCCUACAUGCUCCCACUUUCUGCAGUCUCUAUCUCCUACUGUGCCAUUUCUUAUCGCCUCAGGAAGAGGAAUGUCCCAGGGGCUGCUUACCACAACCAAGAGAAAUGGACCAAUAAAAAACGAAAGACCUUCCGGGUUCUCAUUAUUUCAGUCAUGUGCUUUGCUGUCUGCUGGCUACCUCUGCAGGUGGUGAACCUCAUCAGAGAUGUAGAUGAGGAGUUCAUCAUCUUAGACAAGAGGUACGUGAAUGUCAUUCAAGUGUCAUGUCACUUGAUCGCCAUGAGCUCUGCCUGUUAUAACCCUUUCAUCUAUGCCUCCCUCCAUGACAAAUUCCGAUUUCAUGUUAGUAACUAUUUUUGCCAUCACAAAAAGAGGUCCAGCAUCAUGUCCCGCAAGGCCUCGCGACUCAAUACCUGCUCCACGCUAGCAGACAUUCCCAUGGGCAUCACCGAUAAGUUAACCCUGCAAGGGAGGUUUUCUUUUAACUAAAAUACAACAGGAGAUCAAAUCAGCAGAGGUGGCAUACACCUUAAUUCUGGGUUUGUUAUAUUGCACACCAAAGCCUGUGGUGCAAGUUAUGUUACACUGGUAAUUGGUCA